UGUGUUUUUUCUUGUUAAGAAAAAGUUCGCAACCAAACAGAUUAUAAGGCCCCUUGUCUCGUCCCGCCAGUUCAUAUAUGUUUAGAACUUCAAAAUUAAAUUAACAAAAACUAAAAAGUGAUGAAACUAACGGAAAACAAAAUCUAAAUUGCAUAAUCGCUCCUUAUUAUUCUUCAAAUGAAUCACCAAACCUCACAAUCCUUUGGUUCUCAGUCACAUUUCUACGUAUCACUUCUCCAAGACAGCCUGAAAACAAAAAGACCGUUUGCCAUAAAGUUAAUCCAUGGCCAUAUAGUCAAAUCCGGCCUCCAUUUUGGCGUUUUCCUUAUGAAUAAUGUCAUCAACGGUUAUGCAAAAACCGGGUUUUUAUCAUAUGCUCGUAAAGUGUUUGAUGAAAUGCCUGUAAGAGAUACUUCUUCUUGGAAUACACUUUUAUCUGGGUAUUCGAAACAAGGUUCGGUUAAGGAAGCAUAUUUGAUAUUUAAGGAAAUGCCUUAUCGCGAUUCUGUUUCGUGGACUACUAUGAUUGUUGGGUACAAUUUGGUUGGUCGUUUUCAGGUUGCAAUUCAGAUGUUUCUUGAGAUGGUUGCUUCUGAUGUUUUGCCGACCCAGUACACGUUUACAAGUGUUCUUGCUUCUUGUGCUGCAAUUAGAGCACUAUACGAGGGACAGAAAAUUCACUCCUUUGUUGUUAAAUUUGGGUUGAGUAGUCAUGUUUCCGUGGCAAAUUCUCUGUUGAAUAUGUAUGCCAAGUCAGGUGAUGCGAAUGCAGCUCGAAAUGUUUUUGACAGGAUAGUUGUGAAGAACACCUCAAGCUGGAACGCGUUGAUCUCGUUGCAUAUGCAGGCUGGUCGGGUGGAUUUAGCACUGGCACAAUUUGAGCAAAUGGAUGAGCAUGACAUAGUUUCUUGGAAUUCAAUGAUCACAGGCUAUAAUCAGCACGGCUUUGACGUUCUAGCUCUUAAUAUGUUUUCUAGAAUGCUUAAAGAAUUUUCAUUGGGACCUGAUAGAUAUACUUUAGCUAGUGCUUUAUCAGCUUGUGCUAAUCUUGGGGAGUUAAAUGUAGGAAAACAAAUCCAUGCUCAUCUUAUCAGAACUGAAUUUGAUACGUCAGGAGCUGUUGGGAAUUCUUUGAUUUGCAUGUAUUCCCGAUGCGGUGGCGUAGACAUUGCUCGAAAAAUUUUAGAGAAAAAUAGAGAGUCCAGUCUAAACGUCAUUGCAUUUACUGCACUACUAGAUGGGUACAUUAAGCUUGGUAAUAUAAGUCCAGCAAGGAAGAUCUUUGACUCAUUGAAGGACCGUGAUGUGGUUGUUUGGACAGCCAUGAUUGUUGGUUACGUUCAAAAUGGCCUUAAUGAUGAUGCAAUGGAACUCUUCAGGUCAAUGGUUAAAGAAGGGCCAGACCCCAAUAAUUAUACUCUAGCAGCAAUGUUGAGUGUCUGUUCAAGUGUGGCAUCCUUAAAUCAUGGUAAGCAAAUCCAUUCAGCAGCCAUUAAAUCAGGGAAAGCAUUAUCAGUUUCUGUUAGCAAUGCCCUGAUAACUAUGUAUGCCAAGGCUGGAAAUAUCAGCUGUGCGAGGAGAGUAUUUGAUUUGAUACGCCUGAACAGAGACACGGUCUCUUGGACUUCCAUGAUCUUGGCUUUAGCUCAGCAUGGACUUGGAGCUGAAGCCACACAAUUGUUUGAGGAUAUGCUUGCACUUGAAAUGAAGCCUGAUCAUAUCACAUAUGUUGGUGUUCUUACUGCUUGCACACAUGUAGGAUUGGUCGCUCAAGGUCGUAAUUAUUACAAGAUGAUGAAAGAGAUGCACAGUAUUGAACCCACCUCCAGCCACUGUGCUUGCAUGAUUGACCUCUUUGGUCGUGCUGGGUUGCUAGAAGAAGCACAAGACUUCAUAGAGAAGAUGCCAAUCGAACCAGAUGUGAUUGCAUGGGGUUCACUUUUAGCAUCUUGUAGGGUUCACAAAAAAGUGGAGCUAGCAAAAGUUGCAGCCGACAGAUUGCUUUCAAUUGAUCCUGAAAAUAGUGGGGCCUACUCAGCACUUGCUAAUGUGUAUUCUUCUUGUGGAAAAUGGGAGGAAGCUGCCAAGAUCAGAAAAUCAAUGAAGGAUAGACAGGUCAAGAAAGAACAAGGAUUUAGCUGGAUUCAAUUAAAAAAUGUAGUCCAUGUGUUUGGGGUAGAUGAUGGGCUUCAUCCGCAGCGAGAUGCUAUUUAUAAGACAAUGGAAAAAAUCUGGGAAGAUAUAAAAAAAAUGGGAUUCAUUCCACAGACCGAGUCAGUGCUGCAUGAUCUUGAUUAUGAGGUGAAAGAGCAGAUUCUUAGACAUCACAGUGAGAAGCUUGCAAUUGCAUUUGGGUUAAUAAAUACCCCGGAGAACACUACUUUAAGGAUCAUGAAGAACCUUAGAGUUUGUAAUGACUGUCACUCAGCAAUCAAAUUUAUCUCCAAGCUUGUAGGGCGAGAAAUUAUUGUUAGGGAUGCCACUCGUUUUCACCAUUUUAAAGGAGGUUUCUGCUCUUGUCGUGACUACUGGUAGGUCUUGAACCAAAUUUUAUCUAGAAUUACACAUCAGAGCUGCUGAAGAAAAGUAAAAGAAAAAAUCUACGAUGCUGGAUGCUACAAAGAAAAAGGAAUCUGAGUUUGAGCAACUGAUGGUUAUGUUGUACAGCUUUGCACCCUACAACUGAAGAUACAUAACCUUCACUGAUGGUUAUGUUGUACAGCUUUGCCAUCCUGUAAGUUGCUCCAUAGAAUGGGCUUUUAGCUAUACUGUUGAAUGAUUCAUGAGGUCUGACGUCUAAUGGUCAAAAGACCUGCUCAUGGUCAAAGUAAUGUAUUGAAGAUAGACCCUGAUAGCUUGAUGGUUUUUACUAAAACACAUUGGUCAGGAUUCUAUCUGACUAAUCUAUUGGAUGAACUUCUUUCCCUCUCCCUCAUCUCUCAGUACACUGAGUCAGGAACGUAUGCAAACUGAAUGCAUCUACAGUUUAUCCUGUUUCAUAAUUUUUAUCAUUUUACAUAAAUCACCUCAUUCGGAGCCAAACCUGCAACUUUGCCUCAUUUGGGAAACGUUCUUCUGGCUUCCUCACAGAUUUUGAAAUGCUUUUAGUUGGUUAUUUUUCCUUUCUCUUUUGCCAUUAAAAACACCAGAUAUGUCUGCACUGUUAUCACUUGUAGUGGCAUCUUCUCCCCUGCAAAGCUUAUAAUUGGUUCCUUACUAACAAGUCUCAAGCUGGAUUAGCAAGGCCCUCAAAAGAUGAAAUAAGACGGAAGCUAUUUUCCAUGAGAAGUCUAUAUUUACUGACUUUUUAAAUAUGACCAAAGUCCCAUUUCUUCUAGUAAACAAUUUAAACAACCAUGUCAAAGUGUUGCAUACAAUCAAGCUCAUUAGCUGAUGUUGUCAUUGCAGAUGCAGAAUACAUGAUUCCACUUUGCUGUUGCUCUAGUUUGUGACUACAUGCAGUGCAGGUCACAUUUCUAGACGGAUUUUCUGACAUUUGUCUCAUAGCGAGAUCUUUGACUGAUACAGAGUUUGGCUAUUUCACUGUUAAAGUGUUCCAUUGUGGUGCCUUAGUUCAAAGACCCAAGAGGAAUUAUAUUCUGACUUUGUAGAUGGUGAAGGUCUUAAAUGCUGCAGUUGGGGGGAAAAUGGUCAGAACAACUUGACCAAGAAGUGGGAGUUGAUUAUUCUUUGGCACAAUCAUAUUGAAGACUUGUACAUUUCCAAUCUUAUUAAAGACUUGUUUGAGGCAAUAGGCUAAUACUUUGCAACAUUGAGGCUGGGUUGCGGAGAUACAGAAUUACAGAUUGUUUUUGAACCCUCGAACAUUUUCAAUGGUGUUGGCAGUUUAUCUCUUUGGAUUUUCAACAUGACAAAUCUCAAGCUGAGAAUUUGAUUGGGAAUGAGAUGAAUAAACUUGCUUUCAGGAAAUGAUAUUUGAUUGUAAAGAGAUCCAGGGAUUCAGACUAUGGUGGGUCAGAAGAUCAAGUAUAGGCAACACAGAUAUCAAUCCUGAAGGCAGGCUUCUAGCAUCGUGGUGGGUGAUUGAUGGUUGGAGGUCCGACUGAAGGGGCAGAGCUGAAUGUCCAACAACAUGGAGAGAACUAGUGUAUGAAGACAAUAAUGCUGAUAUUCAGAGAUAGCCUCCUUCUGCAUUCUUCCUCACCAAAGACAGUGUCUUUAUUAUUUGAUAAUGUAUCAGUACUAAGCAAUUUUGAAUGUUAUGUUGAGUUGAUAAUAGAUCAUUAUAUCAUUUAUGAAUCCAAGAAAUUUAUCAUAUAGCGCGCAAAUGGUGGUGUAUUGUUUUUUCUUUAUCUUUAGUUUAACUCUUCUAUUGACCAUUUGCGAUAAAGUUUGUGUAGAAUAUUAGUUUUAUAACGUACAUUCAUAUUGCCAGAAUCCACUGUAAUUUGAGAU